UUGUGUUGAUUUGCUCAUCAGUUGCCAUGCGUAUUCUUUUUCCCUGGAAAGUCUGCACUGGGCACAAAUACUUUUCCUACUAUGUUCAUUUGUGUUGCCCUUUUAUUUUGGUAUGUUUUUUUCCUUGGUAUGUUUUUAGAUCUGAGUAUGAGAGUAUGCAGAAAUCUAUUCUAACCCUGGAGUAGAACUUCUGCUACUGUUAUAUUGUCUUCAGUGGUUCCCUUGUCACUUGUUUUUUACACAAAUAAAAAUCUAAGCCUGAGGCAGAGACAUUAUGGUAUAAUGUAGUAAUACCACAAGGGAGAAGAUGUGACACUUAAAGACUGAGAGUCCUCACUUUUUUUGGUACCUGUGGUUGUAGGCUUUAUUACAGAAUCAUUGGUGUUACUAGUUUAUUGGAAAACACGCUGGUUUUGCUCACAAGCAAAGUAUCUCCAUCUUUUUCAAAGGCAUUUAACCUGAAGCGUGUGGUACUGCUAGUCUUUGAUCAAAUGAGGUUUUAAUCCCUCUAAAUAAGCUCUUGUUCUGGCUAAGCCAUAUUUUGAUGUGUGGGCAUAUAUUGGACCAGGAGCCAUUUCCCUGUCUUUGGAUGGCUAGCUUCCAGCUUGAAAGACCAUAAUCUUUUGACAGGGAAUGGGAGAACAAACAUGUGAUAGAGGUGUAGUAAAGCUGUUUAGUUCACUGUUUAAAUGUGCUCGUGCUCUAUGAUGAUGACACUGGUACCAGGAGCUUGACAGAACGGAGUAGAACACUACAGGAACUACUAAAUGUUUUUUGGAAAGACAGGAUGACAAGUCAGAAUGGUACUGACAACUGGAGAAAUGGCCUUAAAAAGAAAUAGAACACAGUUCAAUCAGGACAAGAACAAGGUUCAUGCUUAGACAGGAAUAAUGAACUACACAAGGACAGGAUGAGCAGCAAAUGACUAGGCAGCAAAGCUGCCAAAAAAAAAAAAAAAAAAGAAAAAAGUCAGGGAUUACACUGGACCACCAGCUGGACAUGGUCAAAAACAUCAUGCUGUUGUGAAAAAGGCAAACCUCAUCUUAUGUGAAGUAGUUCUGCUUUUGGUCAUUGGUAAGUCUAUCCUGGACACCCUGCUUGAGGGUGAAUUGGGAGAGAAUUCAGAGGAGAGUUACAAAAAAACCCCUACCAGAAAUACAGAAAACAUGGUUUAUGUGGGAAGACUGAAAUAGUUAAGCUGAGCCUGUGAAAGAUGAGCUUGAGGAGAAAGCUGUAAAGGCUGCUGUAAAAUAGAAGGAGGCUCAUCAGAUCACAACAUUGUUGUCAGAUAGAAUAAGAAAUAAUAAACCUAAAUUGCAGCAUGGAAUUAUUGUUUGGGAAGGGUUCUUUUUUUUUUUUUUUUCCCUAACCAACAAGAACAGUUAACUAUCACUGGAGAUAUUUCUGAACAGUUUAGAUAAAUUUGAGUCAGGAAUCACAUAUGUAACUGGUCCUGCCUUGGAGCAGGUGAAGAUUAUGGGUAAAGUAUUUAUUUAACCCUUUGAGUUCCCUUAUGCCUCUCUCCUAAAUUUUUGAGGAGUCUAGCAAGAUUUCUCACAUCAGAAAUCUUUAAAAUCAGAUCUCCACUGGAUAUCUUGAGGUUUUUUUCCCUGGAGGUCUGUAUUUGAUUUCAGUUAUGUUAAGAAAUUGUAGAUUACAUCCAUAAGAGGCAUAUACCAUUAGAGAAUGAAAACCUGCAGUUGAAGACUGCCUCUUUAAAACAUCAUCUUUCCAUUCACUUAAAAAACCUCCACAAAUAAACAAAAAAACCAACCACACCAAAAAAAGCAACAAUUAAAAAAAAACCCCAAAACCUAAUUCUGAUUCUUCCAAUUUGGUUGGAUUUUGACCUAUGGCCUUCUGGAUUGUGGCAAGAUUACAAAAUCCUGAUGCUUAUAUUGGCCCAGUGUCUGGAAAAUGCUUGUCCAACACUAAUUUUACUGAAUUUUCCACACAUUAAACCAACUUUUUUUUCCCAUAAUUGAUGUAGAAUGUGUGAAGUUUAAAUUUUUAUGGUAAUGUUUUAGUUAAUAAGGAGCCAGCUGCAUACAGUUAGUCCACAUAAUUCAGGUAGGGAAGUGCCCGAGCAGAGAGACUGGUGAGGUGUUAUGUAUAAACACACAUCCACUCACUAAACUGAGAAUGAAUGUUUGAAAGCUCAUCAGUUUCUGUUCAGUUUUUUUUUUUUGUUUGUCAGACUACCAGAUGCUGUGAGUACACACAGUAUGGGCCACAUCAGUGGUCCCAGAGAAAAUAUUCUUUCCCGUCAGUUCUGCCUUCCACAUGCUUCUUGUAAGGGUACUAGGGAACUUCCCACACUGCUCAGUAACCUAGAGCAAGCUUGGAUCCUCAGAGUUGCACAUAAUCUGUUUCCAGUGUGUGUUAGCAUCCAUUCAGCAUUUCCCAUAUCUUCUUGCACACGUAGUAGUCAGUAUUGGGCCUCUCAUUGUGUGUCUGCAUUUCUUUUCUACCUCAUUAUAGUUUUUGCUGGUUUUGUUUUUCAUUUUUUUGAAGUGUUCAAUUCUUAACUUUUGUUUUCCUCCUUUAGCCUCAACGUGGUCGUAGCAUGUCAGUUUGUGUCCCCCACCUUCCUGCUCUUCCCUCUAUGUCCUGCAUCCCUCUCAGUGCUCCUUGCACCCCACCACCAGCGCUGUCUGCACCUCUUUCUCCUUUCUACCUUCGGACUGUCCCUGAAGAAACCUUUGCAGAAAAGCUUUCUAAAGCCCUGGAAAGUGUCCUGCCCAUGCACUCUGCCUGUCCACGCAAGCAUCGACGCUCCAGCCUGCCCUCCCUCUCUGUCAGUCCUCCUCAGCAUCCGCGUGGGGGAACACCAACGUUCCCAGAUUCACAGAUAUUUUUCCCAACCGUUCAUGAACGGCCGGUGUCUUUCUCGCCACCACCUGUCUGCCCGCCGAAGGUGGCAGUUGCUCAGCGACGCAAGAGCACUUCAUUUUUGGAAGCCCAAACUUGCCACUUCCAGCCAUUGCUGAAGACUGGCCAGAAUUUAGUUCCACCUGGUGGUAGUCCCACCAAUUGGACACCAGAGGCAUUCGUUAUGCUGGGCACAGCAGCUCAGAGAGUCGCUGGAGAGCCUCUGCAUGUGCAAGUUAAUCCUGUGUUUGAGCCAGCUCCUGUCCACAGUGACUAUAGAUCUGGACCAACACCUCCAGAGGAUGCUCACUACAGAAUGCAUCCAGAAGCUGUAUAUUUGGUGGGCAUGCACUAUCCAUCACAGGUAUCGGAGCAGUAUGAUCAAGUAGCUUAUAACUCUCAUGCGACUGAACAACAUUUGAAGCAGGUCUCUGAGUCAAACCAUGGGCAAGGUGGUCCUCCACAAAGCUCUGUGUUCGACUUUCAAUCGGGGCAAACAUACCUGGCAAGACAUAUUCAGAACCUGAGGCUGGAUUCUGGGAUGGGUCCCCUUUCUCCAUUAUCCAGUGUUUCAGCUCCUCUGAGUGCAGAUCCUGCUCAGAUGACAUUCCACCAGGUAUUUGUUCCACACUCUGCCCCGGCUGUGCUCUCUCACAGUGGUGAUGGCAGAGCAAGCUGUGUCUUUGAGUUCCAUGUGCACACACCGACUUCUGCUCCAGCAGAAGGGGCAGUUUUACCCCAGCGGGUCUACAGAAGUCGCCGGGGCUCUAUGGAGACCAGUCAAGAGGAAUCCACUCAAGGCAUAGGGUCGCACAGUCGGCUUCAGCCUGUGACAGAGGAGCAGUGUAACUAUCUUGGUCCUGAGUUAGCAGGUCCCAGAGGGGGCUCUGCCAGGCGGAGCUGGCCGGAAGGAAGCCCAGAAUACUCCAGUGAUUCCUCACAGCUGACUUCCUCUGACACUGGCGAUUUCCAAUCUCCUCCCCCUACAGGGGGAUCAUCUUCUGCUUUUGGUUCAGACUUCUCAUUGCCCAUUGUUCAGCUGCCUCAGAAGGUAUUGCAAGAGUCGCAGCUCUUCAUCUGCUUCCCCCAGGGAGCCUCAACUCAGCAGGCCUUGUCCACCUCGCUUUCAUCAGGACCACCUUCACUCUAUCCUCAGGUUACAGGAGCAACCCUUCUAGCAUGUCUCUGCUUUUUAUAAGUCAUACCUUGCACUUAAAGGGGACCCUUGUUCUUAGACUUGCUCCAUGGGGUUCUAAGUAUCAGUGUUCAUGGGGGUGUCUUGCCACCAAGUCAGUAGCAUACCGGGAUCUCUUUACUUACCAGGUUGCAAUGAAAUAAUGAGGCAUCAGCAACCAUUUGGUCUGUGUUCAGCUUCAGCUGAAAUACUGGUAGGGCUUUUGUGUUAAGGGUAACAAAUGGUUUUUCUUUUGGCAAGAGAUAGCUGGAGUACCAAAUUGGCUUUUAAACAAUGGGUUUAAUGAAAUGUAUUUUCUCCGCAGUUUGAAUCAGCAGUGAUAGUAAAACUUGCUUUGUAUUUUUGUUCCUGCUCCUUAGCCAUUUAUGAGAAUGUGUUAUUUGAAGUUGAACUUGCGUAUUAAUAAUGUUUCAUUAGACAUCACUAAGGUUAAUUUGGUGACUGUCCAAAAUGCAAGAGCUUUUUCUAGGCUUGAGGGAAGAAAGUGGGAAGAGAGGAAUGGAAGGAGCUAUAUUAUGUAUGUGUACAUGGUUUUGGAAAUGUAGGAUCAUAAAAGAAACUAAACAAUGAGUAGUAAAUUAGUGGCACAAACAACUGUUGCUAAUAAGUGUUGCUUCCUUAUAUGCCUAGAAUAUGGUGUCCUUUUAAAAAGCAAAAUUUGAGGCCUGAAGCUUAGAGGUACGUGUCCCAUCAGCAUAUAUGGUAUUCGCACUUGGAAUAGUCAGUAACGCAUUUGUGCACUGUGACUGUGAGGUGUAUGUGUAUAUACAUUGUGUCUGCAUUUGUAGUCUGAAACUUUUCAUAAGGUGUUUUUUGUGAAAAGAGAGGAUUUAUUUUAGACUUCUCUCUUACCCCUAUUCUUGGAAUUGGGGGCUCCCUGACGUUAGUUAUUGGAGUAUUAGCAACUUUGGGAUUUGUGUGAAGGAGCUGGAGGAGAAUCUUUUUGCUUUUUGUGGUAAGAUCAAGAACUAAGUAUUUUAAGGCUUUCUGUAUGGGAUAAUAAAGGUGUUUUAUUAAAGCUGAAGCAGCUUUAAUAAUUAGUCUAAUAGAUAGUUAUUUCUAUGCUGUAGGAGAACUUGUGAAGUGAAGCUGCUACACAAGAAGUUUGAAAAUUACUUGGGGAUUGUUUCUCCAUAAACCACCUCUGUUAAACUUCAGGAGGUGACUUCUGAUGGAUGUAAAAUACAUCUGAAAAACACAAUAAGGGAUCAUGAUUACUUUAGAGAAUAAAAGUUCUGAGAUUUUUUUUUUUUAUCUAAUUCAUUAAAAGAUCAGAAUUUGAAGCACAAACUGUGGCAAUGUGAACAGAUGUUGCAGCAUGGGAUACAGCACACCUUUAGAUCCUAGCCAAUGAGGGCCUCAAGCUUCUAAAACACCAAAGAAAAUAAUGAUUCUUUUCAUUGGCAGUCUGCUUUCCCCAAAGUUUCUAUAAUUAUAGUAGUAUGUAAUUUUAAUAAACUUGUUCCUAAUAAGCUUCUACAAGCUGAAUGAUCACAGCAUGAAGGAAUUUUCAGAUCUGUUUCUUACAACGGCAGUUCACCAAAGCAGUGCAUGCUCAGGGAACUCAUCUGGAGGUCUUUGUCUAGGUGUCUCCCGGGAUCUGAUAAAAAAAUAUAAUGGCCACAGAAAUAAUGAUGAAAAUCUUGGGAUCUGAUAAAAAAUGUCGGCCACAGAAAUAAUGAUGACAGUCCAUUCCAUUUUCCUCUACAUCUUCCACAUUCAUUUGUAUGCCACUCAUUGAAUUUUUUUUUGUUGUUGUUUUGUUGCUUAUUCAUUCAGAAAUUCUGUCUUAGCUAUAUGUGGACACCCAGAUUCUUCAACAUCCAAUUCUUGGUAGCCUUUGAAUAUUAGUGAGUCUGGAAAUGAUUUCUAGCUUGUAUUUUGACAUGCUUCUCAAAGGGAACUCAUGAUGUGUACAUAUAUCAAGUACUUUGUUAUUGGUCUAGAAUUCUGUACAUCUUUGAUUUUUUUUUUAACAGAUAGUUUUGUUUCCUUCUAACCUCCUUCUAUCCCCCCACCUAACGGUGUUUAGAACACAUGUAAAGGUAAAACGUAAUGCCUCUGUUUCCAGUUAUCGUACCAAGGCAUCCUGCUCUUAAAGCAUCAUCAGUGGAAGAAGAAGCUGGUAGGCUGAUCUGUCUCAUGUUGAGGGGCACAUGGGUUGCAAAGACUUUCUGUGUUGGUUGUUUUGGAAGACUUAAAAUGGAGUUCCAUAAUUUUCUAGAUGGCUCUGCUUUGUUCUGGUUGUCGUAGUGGAAUUUGGCCAAUAGGACUGCUUGUCCAAAAGGACAGCUAGAAACCUACUCCAAUCAGAUCAUUCCAGGCAGAGAUGAUUUUAACUGCCUGCUGCAAAAACCGUAGGGAUUUUUAAGCUGAUUCUGUGGUUUUUUUCUC